AUGAAGUAACAAUCAUUUUUUGUUGUCAUUUUGAUGCUUUUAGCGUCUUAAAUACAAGCAAAUUUGUAGUAUAAUUCUACAAAUUAUGAUGUUUAAACAUAGGAAUUGCUUACUUAAAUUUCAGGAAAAAGAAUAGGAAUCUUAACAAAUCCUUCUUGCAUAGAUAGCUCUAGAGAACUAUUAUUUGAUGUGCUUUUCAAAAACUAGAAUAUUUAUAACUUCACAUUAGAAUAUGCUCUUGCUCCUGAACAUGGUAUUAGAGGAGACUAAGAUGCUGGUGCUUUAGUUUAUGAUUAUGUUGAUCCACAAACAAAUAUUACUGUCUAUAGCUUAUAUGGAACACGUAAAUAACCAACAGCUGAAAUGUUGUAAAAAGUAGAUACAAUUGUUCACUGUAUAGUUGAUGUUGGCACACGUUUCUUUACCUAUAUUUGGACUAUGAGUUAUGCACAAGAAGCUGUUGGAGAUUAUAAUUUCAAUUUAACAUAAAACACUUAAUUGAAAAAUAAUUUCUAACUUAAUAAUUUAUAGAGAAAGCUUUCAUCCAACUUUAAAGAGAUAUAAAAUAAUGAUUAUAAAAAAGAGAUAAGUUUUAUUGUAGUUGAUCGUCCUAACGUUCUUGGAGGUGAAUAGAUAUAAGGAUGCCCCCUUGAGAUAGAAUCUGGUUACAUAGGUCGUUUAUUCAAUUAAAAUUUUACUAUACCUACUCGAUAUGCUAUGACUACUGGUGAGUUAGCAACAUUAUUUAAUGAGGAAUACUUACCACACAAAAUCAAUGAUUUCAAAGUCAUAAAAAUUCUAAAUUAUUACAGAAAUUCAGCAUUUCCUAAUGCUUCAUUAUGGAUAAAUCCUUCUCCCAACAUGAAAACUUAUUAAACUGCAUACGUUUAUCCAGGUACAGGAGUUUUUGAAUAAACAAACCUUAGCGAAGGAAGAGGAACUAAUAAUCCUUUCUAAACGAUUGGAGCUCCAUUUGUGAAUGGAACUUUAAUAAGUCAAAUCCUAACUUACGAUAAUACUGUUAACUAAUAUGCAUAAUUUACUCCUGUUACGUUUAUUCCUACUGCUAGUAAAUGGGUAAAUGAAACCUGUUCUGGUAUUUAAAUAACAGUUAUUGACAAGGAAAGAUAUGAUUCUGUUUUUGUUGGAACAAGAAUAAUGCAAGUUUUACUCCAAUAAUACCCUGAAAAUAUGACUCUCACAAAAAAAGGUAGUUGCUAAGAGUUUGGAACUAUAAACUUUUACAAUCAAAUAACUAACAAAAGUAUCACAGUAAAAGAUAUAUUGGAUUCUUGCUCAAAUAACCUCAAAGAGUGGGAAAAAAUUAGAGAAAAAUAUUUGAUUUACAAUUGA